CCGGGGAUUGGUGAAACAGUGCUGCUGAAACCGUAGGUUAGCUUUGCUUUGUCUCCCAAAUCCCAGCAAUGGCUACUCUGAGUUUGACUACGAGCAUGAUCCCGAGAAAGAGCAGAACCGCCAUAAUGCCAAGAGCUGCGCUCAAUCAAGAAUACAAAAUGCGGGUUCCAUAUGAACUGAAACAAGGGCAGUCACGUCGUUUCCACAAGCUUCCCUCUGGGUUGAACAUGGAGGUUAUCUUCCAAGAGGGCCUAAAGCACAAAAGCUCAGACGAGAGGCAAGAGGAAUCUCAAAUCCCACCAUUAGUGUUCGUUCAUGGGAGCUUUCAUGCAGCUUGGUGCUGGGCUGAGCAUUGGCUGCCGUAUUUUUCCCAAAAUGGAUAUGAUUGCUAUGCUCUCAGCUUAUUGGGUCAGGGAGAAAGCGAUGAUCCUGCUGGUCCUGUUGCUGGUACUCUCCAGACACAUGCAGGUAAUGUUGCUGACUUCAUCCAGAAAGAACUCAAACUGCGCCCUGUCUUAAUAGGACAUUCAUUUGGGGGACUGAUCGUGCAAUAUUACGUUGCUAAUAUGAGAUCCAACAAAAUUCAAGAGAGUGGAAGGUUGCACUCCUAUCUUGCUGGUGCAGCGCUGGUUUGCUCCGUACCUCCUUCUGGUAAUAGCCAAGCAGUAUGGCGAUAUCUCUUCUCCAAACCUAUUGCUGCAUUUAAGGUAACUCUCAGCUUGGCAGCCAAAGCUUUUCAAACUUCCCUGCCUCUUUGUAAGGAAACGUUUUUCUCUGUUUCCUUGGAGGAUCAGCUGGUUUUACGUUACCAAAAGUUGAUGACAGAAAGUUCGAGGAUGCCGUUGUUUGACCUAAGAAAGCUAAAUGCCUCACUUCCUGUUCCUUCGGUGAACAAUUCUUGUGCAAAAAUUUUGGUGCUGGGCGCAAAUGAUGACUUCAUAGUGGAUAUGGAGGGACUGAAUGAAACAGGCCGGUUUUGUGGUGCGUCACCUAUCUGCCUCGAAGGAGUAGCCCAUGACAUGAUGUUGGAUUGCUCGUGGGAGAAAGGUGCUGAAGCACUCCUGCUGUGGCUCAGUGGAUCUGAUAAAGAGGUGGCUAAUACAGAAAAAAGCCUGCCUAUUGCUGUGUAAAUUUGCUUGGACGUGUAUGUGCCUGGGCGGAGAUAAAAGGAAAUUCAUGCGGACACAUGACUAGGCUUCUCUUCUUCAUA